AAAAAUCGAUCUUUUAACACAAUCAAACAUAACUAUAUUAACAUAAUAAAACUGUAUAAACAACAAAUAACCAAAUUAUUCCCAAUUUUAAAAAAAUUCAGAUGCAUUUCUUUGUUUAUCAAGCUAACUACAGAAGAAAAGAUGGAGAAACUUAGAAGUUUGUCAUGGAAAUCCUCAAAAUUUUUGGUUAUUUCUCUAACUUUAUCUUUCUCUUUAGUUCUCUUAUCAUUUUUAUCUUUCUGGGUUAUGCGUAGAGCUUCCCCUUUAAUUCAUCAAGAAGCUUAUAUGCUGCUUAAUACACCUUCAUUAAGUUUAAGCCUUAAUUCAGAUUCAUCUGUAUUUAAUCUUGCUAAUUCUACUAAUUUGAACAUUACCCAGUUAAAAAGAUCUCAAAUUUCUUCUAGAUUUGGUGAAAAUAGUUCAAUUGAAGUAGCUUUUAGUAAAAGUGAAGAAGUUGGUAGUAGAAGAACAAAAGUUGGUGAAAGUUCUACUGAUUUUGGUAGAAAUUUAUCAGUUUCUAGAGUGAAAGUUGUGAAAUUGGGGAGUACCCAUUUGAGGAAACCUCAUAAUUCAUCUGGGUUUAUGAAAUCUUCCAUUUUUAAGGAAGAAGUUAGUGAAAUUUUAGAUGGUAAAGUUGAUGUUAGUAGUAAGGAAAAAAGAGAAUUGAAUUUGACUUCAAUUGGUAAAGUUGAUGAGGAGAUUAAAGAAAAGAGGGGGAAAGAUUGUGAUGUUUCCAAAGGGAGGUGGGUGUUUGAUGAAAGUUAUCCAUUGUACACAAAUUUCUCAUGUCCUUUCAUAGAUGAAGGGUUUAAUUGCCAAGGAAAUGGGAGGGUGGACAAAGAUUACAUGAAGUGGAGAUGGCAACCUCAAGAUUGUGAUAUUCCAAGGUUCAAUGCGACGAAUAUGCUGGAAUUGAUUAGAGGAAAGAGGCUAGUCUUUGCUGGUGAUUCAAUCAAUAGGAACCAAUGGGAAUCAUUGCUUUGUUUACUGAUGGGAGCUGUUAAAGAUCCUACAAAGGUCUAUGAGACACGAGGCCGGAGAAUCACAAAGACUAGAGGGGUUUAUAGUUAUAGAUUUGUGGAUUAUCAGUGUACAGUUGAAUUCUAUGUGAGCCAUUUCCUAGUGCGUGAAAGCAAGGCGAGGAUGGGGAAUAAGCGGAAGGAGACGUUGCGAAUUGAUAGUAUUGAUAGAGAUUCAAGAAAAUGGAGAGGAGCUGAUAUUUUGAUCUUUAAUACUGGAAAUUGGUGGACUCAUUUCAAAACAAAAGCAGGGAUUAACUAUUACCAGGAUGGUAAUCAAGUUUAUCCCCACCUUGAUGCUUUAACAGCCUAUAGAAAAGCACUAUCAACUUGGGCUACAUGGGUCGAUAAAUUUGUAGAUGCGCGCAAAACCCAUGUCUUCUUUCGAAGUACAGCACCAGCUCAUUUCAGAGGAGGGCAAUGGAAUACUGGUGGGCACUGUAGAGAAGCAAGGAAACCCCUGAAUGAAAUGUAUAUAAACGAUCCUGAAAAGGAUGUUAUCGCUCAGGAGGUAAUCAGCUCAAUGAAAACUCCGGUUACUUUCAUGAACAUUACUGGAUUAUCUUCGUACAGGAUAGAUGGUCAUCCUUCGAAGUAUGGGAAAAGCCCAGGAAAGAAGGGAUCUCCAGUAGAAGAUUGCAGUCAUUGGUGUCUUCCUGGGGUUCCAGAUACUUGGAAUGAGAUGAUUUAUCAUCAGUUGCUUUUGAAACAACAGAAGGUGUACACUAGCUUGUGAAUACAUUUGUUCGAUUAGGGAAUGAUGCCAGCUAGAAAACAGCGAGAUUUUAAAACGGGAAAACCUCGAGUAUCAACAAUUUCUAGGCUUCAUUAGCACGGAAAUGACUGCCUCAUCUCGGGUUCAGUAGCCAUUCCCUGCAAUGUGGAUGAGUUGCUUCUGUCGCUGUCUAAUAUCAUGGUCGUGAUAACUUAAAAACAAUGUGGUUGUGAUUACGUGAUGCACCUUAGGAUCGGUACCUUCUGUAUAUUCUUUUUUAGGGGAGAGGAUACUAGGCUGAUGAUAUAAUUGCAUCAUACAUGUUUACAUUCUUUUAUUAACUUGUACUUACUUUUGAUCUCUAUAGUUAGGUUAAUGUUUUCUUGUAAUCAACUGUAAUGAAAUCAGAGCAACAAAAGAAAAAUCUUUCUUUCUUUAUAAUACAUCUUUGCUUACAGUUCUGUGCUAA